CGAAAUUACUUUCGGUUUCAUCCGCACUGAUACAAAAUAUAGUGAAGUCAUGGAAGUUGACAGGAAUGAGGUGUAAACCAAACACGGAGGAGGAGGAGGAGGAGGUGCUGAGGGGGAAGCGUCACAUUUGAGGAGCCCGACAGGAAGUCACAAUGGAUUUACCGGUGGAGGCAACGGUGCACUUGGACGUUUUCCCCGAUAAAGUGAAGGUGCGAGACAUCCUCAGGUCGCAUGGCUUCGCGCUGAUGGAUCUGAGCGGCGAUCAGGUGCGUGUGAAGGGGUCCUUUUUGGAUCUCAAGGCCGCGAAGGCCUCUUUGGAGCCGCUUCUUAGCUCAAAAACCAUCCCGGCGGUCCCAAAGGCUUCCUCUGGAGCCAGUUCCAAACGCCCCGCCGGCAACAGCUCGGUGUCAGGUGGUAACAGAGGCCGAAGCAAGUCUCCGUGGGCUUCUCAGUCUUCAGCCAACGCCUCCUCACCUUACACACAUCCAUCCUCUCCAGAGUCCCGAGCUUUGUUUUCUCCACCACCAGACCAGCGGGGCUCCUUCAGGCCUGGAAGAGAGUCCUUUAUCGUUGAUGUAGAUGUGUGGAGGUACGCAGAGCAGCUCCGGAAGAAGGACAUUGAAGACAUUCGGGUCAGCCAUCAUGUGGAAAUGAAAGUGCUUGAAGUCGGCGAAAGCUGCGACGUCACUUUACUGGGGAAGAGCGCGAGAACAGCUGCCGGUAAACUGCAGAGCCUCCUGGAUGAUCUCAGCAAAUCACUGCGCACACAGGAGGUUCCUCUGAAGGACAUGGAUCGGGACGGCAAGGCUCUUUUGAAGAGGAUUCAGAAAGAGAGAAACAUUCACCUUUCAGUGGUCGUGUGGCCGAUGAACGACACGCUUCACCUGAUAGGCCCGUCCGCCGCAAGCUACGAGUUAAAGCAGAGGCUGCUGGGUAGGCCCGUCGACCGUACGGGGAGGACGUCGGAGAAAAGCUCCAGGAGGAGGAGCAGCUCUCUGCCGCCAAUCAGUCGCAAGAACACCGAGAGGGAUAGCGGCGCCAUCGCUACGCCGGCUCCUGUCGGCUCCUUGAGGGGAAGGAGCCACUCCGGGUACCGUGAAAACACCCGGGCAGAAAGCAUUUAUGUGCAAGAGACGGAAAACAAACGUCCGUCUCCUAAACCAGGCAAGAAACUCCUCAAGCAGUUAAUGAAGGUUCCAGCGGAUAUAGGGAAAAAAUUUAAAUCUUUGAGAAAAUGAACAUGGAGUUCUGUUCAUGAAGGUAGAGACAGAACUUUGGUCUCAGUUUUCAUUGUUAGUACUAUUGUUUGACCAUGUAAUGUACCUUAAGACCUGUUAUUAGUCUGUUGCAGUCACAUGGGUUGUACAGUAGAGCCUGAUUGACACUGGACUCUUGAGGACAAUAACAAUACUGAUAUUUGAGCGUUAAAGGAAAAGUUUGACUUUUUGGGGAAUUGCGGUUUAUUGCUUUCAGAGAAAACUGACACUACUACAGUAAAUAUGUAAGCUAUCGUCAGCAGCUGGUUAGCUUAGCUUAGCACAAAGCCUGGAUCAGGGGGUAACAGCUGGUCUGGCUCGGUCCAAACCCCGCCCACCAGCACCAUCUAAAGCUUCAACAUGUCGUAUCUUGAGAGCGAGGUUAGCAGUUUCCAGUGGUAGCCCACUGUGUCUGUAUAUUGGUACACAGUUAAAGCGCCAAUAUACUGUAUCUGUAAUAAACCAAAAUACGCAAAUAAUCUCAGCCAUGCACAUAUAUCGAUUGGGCCGUGUUGUUUAGUGUUGACUCACUCAGAUUGUUGUCGUUAUGCGAUGCAAUAUGUUGAUAUAUAGACUCUGACACAUUGUAUUCUUCUGAUGUCAAACUUGUUCUAAUCAAGCAACAAUAACCCGUGCACAACUUUAUUCAACUUAUUUUGUCCUAAUAACAGUCAGUUAUUUAAAGUCAUUCACUGACAUCUCUCGCACAAUUGUGUUUUGUUAUUGACGGUUGCUCUGACUGUAAAUGUUACUGAUGAACUGAAAUGGCUAAAAUAUUUAUGUAAAUUGGAAAAACUGAAGAAUAAAUAUGGUAAUUAAUCAAACAAAUGGGCAUUAAAAAAACACUAACGUUAACAAUAAAGUAGCGUGGGUGAUUUUAAGGAUCUUUGGGUGUUAAUGUGAUAAUGAGAUUUAUGUGUUCGGCUCUACUGUAGUGACAUCGAGCAUCUGGGGCUGUUGUCACAGUGUGCAUGACAUCGGUCGCGUGUGUGCAACCCUCUGUGAGUGGGUGCGUGAGUGAGUCUGUGAAUGAGUAAGUGUGCACCUCUGUGUCUGUCCACGGCUAAUCUUGCAUACUUCUUCAGCGAACUCUACAAUAUGUUGGCUGGCCAGUUAUGGCUGCUGUACCUCGCCGCAACUCAGCGGCUGCUACGUGGGCAGACAGGUCGUUGCAGACACACCUGGCAGAGAACUGCCCUCUACUAAGUUAAACUUUGAGUUUGUCGCUGUAACACUUGAACGCAUCAUCUAGAUGGAGACAGAAUCAGACGUGAGAGGGAAGCGGGACCAGUCGACGGAACUCAUCCAGGGAGGGGAAGUGCUUACGGCAGAGGAGGAUCUAACAGGCAAGUGUAAUUACAGGAAGAGUAGCUGCAUGUUGGACUGGAUAUUGUUGCUUUAAUACAAUAUAAACUGAACUUUAGAUUAAACAUCAGAAUAACAACGGACUGUCAAGACACAGAUGCUCUACAGUAGGUAGGUGUUGUGUAUUUCUGGUAAAUGUUUUCAGCUAGAUAGUAAAGUCCCAUUACUCAUGAGUUUCCAACCAUUGCGUGCAUCAAGCACGCAUUAAAGAGAGCAUUCUACCAGGGCUGCACUGGUGACUGUAACUAUGACUCAGAGGCCUUUCUUUUAACCGUAAUAACUAAAACACUGAGUCUGAUCUGAAAUCUCUCCACCCCCACAGAACUCAGUGCUGUGGGGUUCCCCUCUUAGUGUUUGCCUGUCACCAUGGUAUCUCAAAAACUUAACCUGUCCAACAAUAAAUUAUGUGGACCUGAGAUUUUCAUCUUUGCAACAUUGUCUUUGAGUCAAAGCCAGGAAACAUAAAGAUGACUGUUUAUUUGGAGGAUUUAGCGACCAAUUAAAGGUCUGCUAACCCAAAUGACUUAAAGCAAAGCAUUACACACCCCCCCCCCCCCCUCAUCACAUGGUCUCCAUCACCGGAUUGAGUUUGUUUAGUUGUCACGGAGAUGAAUCACACGCAAGUUCAGUUUGUACUUCUCAUUUUUUCUUCUUUUCCAAUAAAUAAUCGCUUUAACGUACACAUAGUUCCCAAGAGUAAAGAGUAAAAAGAGGAAACACAGAAGCCCAACAGAAUUAACAGUCGCUAUGUUGCAUUAGCAAAACAUUAGCCUCAGACAGCUACGCUUGGUUACCAGUAAACAAAUCAACAAUCACAAAACUACGAGUUAAGAGGAACAAUGGCCUUUGAGAGGAUUAAGGAUGACUGUCAACAUUAACAAACUGGUGGAUGUAACAAUGUUAAACUGCUGACUUCUGGUUCCCCAAACUGAAUGGGUUUUGGUUAGAUGCCUGAAACAAGGUCUGUGAUUCACACAAGUUCAAGAUAUUUUAACCUUUUGUUCCGCGAUAUAAAAUAUGAAGCUGAAGUUUUUACGUGUCUUAAAAUAGUGGCUUAUUGAGACGACUAAUCUAGUCAUCACGCCAAACACUAGUCCGCCUUUGCUUAGUGGUGGUGAGGUGAAGUCAUGUGACCGCGGUGUAGUUU